AUGCCCUAUAUAGGCUCCCAAAUUGAUCUUCGUGAUUCGUCUGAUGAAAAUCACCCUGGAGCUGUUGCAAUAGACUGUGAAAGAGUUGGUGGUGGAAGUGAUGGAUUGCUAGAACUUUGUGUAAGAGUAUGCUUGGUUGAUGAAGAUGAGAAUUUACUUUACCAUGCAUAUGUACAACCUCCAAUCCCUGUUACAAACUAUAGACAUGAUAUAACUGGGAUAACAGAAGAUGAUCUUAGAGAUGCGAGGCCCCUUAAAGAAGUUCAAGAGAAGAUAUUGCAAAUUUUAUACAAUGGAGAAUUCAUGAGCAAAGUUAGAUUGGACGGAGGGAAGGCCAGGUUUCUUGUUGGGCAUGCAUUAGCACAUGAUUUAGAUUGCUUGAAAAAUUAA